AUGGAAUCUGAUGAGGAAACUGAUUAUGAACCGUCCUGGAGAGGUGUUCCAGGUACAAUUAUUUUAAUAAAUGCUUAUGAGAAUUCGAAGCACAACAUCUUUGGGCCUGUACAUGUUGCAACCUGUCGCCUGCUAAAACAAUAUAUGCGGUUAGUAAGCGUUCGUAAGAUUGGCGUUUACAUAUUUGGAACUGAAGAGACCGCUUCAUCUACUUUUGAUACUAAGCCAGUUAUUGAGAUAAUACCCUUAUCUGUACCAAGUCUAGAUGACUACAACCGGCUUAAAAAAACAGAUAUUACAUCCUUUAAAGAAGCGAAAGAAUUCAGGCUUUCAAAUGCUCUUUGGCAUUGUAGCAAAAUGUUUGCCAACUGUAAAACACUCCUGUCUUCACAAACUGUUAUUCUACUUACUCAUCUUGAUACCGUCCCUAUUGCGGAUGAUGAGAAACCAACACUUAACAGAGCCAUAGAUUUAGUUGAUGCCAAUGUAGAUAUAAAAAUAAUUAAUGUCUCUGACCACCAGUAUGAAAUACAUGCAUAUUAUGAAGACUUUUGGAAAAUAGCUAAUAAAGGGGUGGAUGUUAACAUGCCAGAGCCUAUAUACGACUCUGUAAUGAUUGAAAAAUUAAUGUAUCAAGAAUCGCAUCGUCAUUUGGCAGUAGCAAAAUUAAAUUUUGAAAUUGGCCAAGACUUUAACAUUGGGGUUGGAGUAUACACACUUCUAAAAAGCCCAAGUCAAAGCAUUAAAAGGACUGUUAAUUUACACAUAGAUACUAAUACACCUCUUACUAGUUUAACUAAGACAAUGAAGGUCACUGUUGAUAGUGAUGAGGGUGAGGAUGUAGAAAGUGAGCCAAAACAAGUUCCUUUAUUGAAAUCUGAGACAAUACACUACCAAGAAUAUGGAGGGGAAAGGGUUGAGUUCUCUGAUAAUGAAAAGAAAAUGAUAGCAAAUCCAUUUGGACCACCUAUGAUGAAGCUCUUAGGUUUCAAACCUGCUACAGUUAUUUCCAAAGAAAAGUGGUACUUGAAAAUGGGUUACUUUCUAUUUCCAAAUGAAAGUGUUAUAGAGGGUUCAACAGUAGCUUUUAAAGCUUUACACAAGGCUUGUAUGGAAACGGGUGUAAUUGCUAUAUGUGUCCUAUGUACUAGAGUGAAUGCUAAGCCACUUGUUGUGGCUUUGAGCCCGUGUUCGAGACCACUUGAUCUUAAUGCAGAUGUUGGUUUUGACGUUGUCAUUAUACCAUUUGUUGAGAGUGUCAGAGACCUAAAUAUAACAGAAGAGGAUGAUGAUGCAAGCUCAUCGAUUGAAAAAGCUCAUAAGAAGUUGAUGGUAAAUAUUUUGAAUGCAACAACAGUUGAUUUUAAACCAGAUAUGUUUGAAAAUCCCAAAGUACAAUACACAUACAGAGCUAUAGAAUCCAUUGCUUUUGAGGAUGAAGAACCUGAACCUAUAACUGAUACAACAAAACAAAGCCCUGAUAAGUUUGAAGAUGUUGAUGAUGAAUUGUUUGAGGAAUUAUUUGGCCCAUUUGGUUCAUUGUCCCUGAAAAGACCAGGUACUAAAUCAUCUGAAAAGGUUGCCAAAAAGAAAAAAGGUGAUCCUAUUGAUGAAGAACUCUUUAACGCCAGAUUACAGGAUGAGAAAAUUAAUGCUUAUUCUGUACCACAAUUAAAAAAUAUAUUAAUUUACAAAGACAUACAAAAUUUACCAGCUUUAACUGGAUUGAAAAAAAAUGAACUUGUUGCAUUAGUCUAUAAGCAUUGCAAAUAAAAUGUUAUUGGAUAA